UUAAUAAGCAUGACACAGUCCCUUAUAAACGCUCAUCAGCACGCAAGCAUACGAACUCACAUGCUAAUGCACGCGAGCGCGUCAUUUACCGCCCAUAAGCGCAGACUCAGACACACCCCCUUAUUGCUACGAGUGCUUCACAUAAACCAUGAGGGCGCACUAAAUCACUGUUGACUGUGUUGUGGACAACAUGUAGCACUAAAUGCGAAGAUGGCAUGAUUAUUAUAAAGACUGUAUAAGAGAUGUAGUAAAGCUGCACCUAACAGGAGCCAAGGAUUGAUCAUGUAGCCCACAUAUGAUGGAAGCGGAUCAUUGGCGUGAAGGGUCUUAUUGAUCUUGAAUCAAUCUGAAUGGGGAGAUCGGAGGAGUCCCUAUAAGAUGACACGCACAGAUCCCUCUGAUAUACUGGUAUCUACUCUGUAUCGGGACAUCAAACUAAAUCCCAUCACUGGGGACUCCGUUUCGCUCAGCCCCUUCCAACAAUGUGACUCGCAAAUGAUUGACAAACUGGAGCGACACACGGAAACCAUUAACAAAAGACACUGCCGUAGCUUUGACUACCUUGAGUCAUUGGACGACCCACAGCCCUUUUCUGCCUCAAUGGAGUAUCCUGACAAGAGGACUGAGCAUCAGGGGGUGCAUAAAGAGGUGACCUGGAAUGGCCUGGAUCAUCCAGGACACCUCCGUUUCUCGUCCCCUGAUCUGUUCAACACUAGACUACCCCCACCACAGCAUGCCAACCCAAACAAAACCAGUCAGGCCACGAGGUCAUAUUCAAAGAAGAGGACAAGAUCAAAAAGUGCUCCCAGAGUCAAGACCACCCUUACCCCUGUGCCCAUGUCAGUCUCCCCACCGGUAACCAGGAGAGGACGAGAUGUCCCACAGGCUGUACCAGACCCCCCUCUUAGGACAUCUGAACCACACCGGGACUCUUACUCCUCUAACCAGGCUUUUUCGAACGAGGUACACCCUAUAAAACUGCAACCACACUCUCCCCUCUACGUCUCAGACUGUUUCUCUGAGGAGAGCAAACAGGAUGAGCCAGCCAUCACUCCUCAUGUCAGGUGUCGUGUGGAUAUCAAGCCAGAUGCAGCGGUCCUGCAGCACACAGCCAGGAGGUCUCAGAGCAUGAGGACUGAACAUCCCUGGCAGAGAUACUCCUACUUCAGUCAGAGCAGAGGUCUGUCUGUGCCACGGCAGGUACGGACACCCACACCAAACGACUGUUACAGUGGCGAUUAUAGACAAACAUAUCAGUACACUACCUGCGGGCCCCCCAGCUACAUCCAGCCAGUAGACAUGCGAAGGGUGCCCUCCACUAUAAUGCCAAGGGAAUACUUGUCAAGGGAGCAGAGGACUCUUUCAAACCCCAGUAUACCCACUAAAUUCUUCUACACUGAGGAUCCGACCAGAUACCCUGUCCACUCCUCUGCUAGAGCGUACUAUCAGGAUGAUAAUUCCAGCCUCACCAGCCAAGGCAGUACUCUUAAUGGUCAGUAUGUGCAUGAUCCACGGACUCGCUGGGUUCACACUCUCCCAGUCCGGCCAUAUUAUACAGAGCAACACUUGUCCAGCAGAGACCCUGUGCAGGCUGUCUAUACCAGACCUUACUCCACAAGCGAGGCAGGGCCAUACUUUGCUCAAACACAACAGGCAAGAGCGUACUAUGGGGAAGAACCCAGGGGCUAUCCCUGUCAGUCUAAUGGCUCCGGGAUGUUAUACAGCAAGCCGUACAACCCCCCAGCAGAACAGUAUAUUCCUUACAGGGCGUAUCACACAGAAGGCCGUCGACGUACACAAAUGUCCCAGGCCUAUGCAGAUGACUGGUAUCGUUCAAGUAUGUCUGGAUACUCCAACCAGUCCUCUCAGCUGACACCACAGAGAGUAAGACAAGAGCCAGUAAUGUCCCCCUGGUUUGAAAACAGUUAUGUAGAGCCAACCAGACUGGGAGCAGAAGUCAGAAAACACUCAAAGUCCUGGGACAAUAUUCUUUAUCCUCGUCAUGACAGGGAGCAAGCAGUGCCAUGUGGACGCAGCUAUGAUAAUCUGUUAUACCAGGGGAGACAUGCUCUGUUUCCUAAUGAUACACCAAAGCCAGUUAUACUCAAUCUAUCUAGUUCACCAAGGCGCUAUGCUGCCCUGUCCCUCUCUGAAAACUCCUUAGAGAAAGGUCCAAACAAUCCUGGAAGGAACACUAAGGCUGGGCUAUGGUUUGUAACUCCUGAGAUCACAAUAACCGACAAUGACAUACGCACACGUAACCACAAACAGCAAGAUGUGCAUUCAGCCACCUGGGAUGCACUGGAUUGUGAAAAGCUGCCAACUCUAAAUGUUCUUCAUCAUCAAGAGCAGCCACCUGAGUCAGCGGAACUGACCAAAGACAGACAACACAAAGAUUAUUCCCUGCAGCAGAGCCUAGAGCAACUGGACGAGCUGCUAGCUGAUCUUGUCACUGAUUACAAACCCUCGACCAGCAGGCGGCCUAGUCAGGAUUUAAUGAACCAACUAAAACAGUUGAUUAGUGAGGAUGAUGAAAAAGGAAAGCUAAUAUCUUCAGGCCUAGAGAGUCUAGGAGGCCUAGAGAGUCUAGGAACUCUGAACUCACCAAUCGCCUCCACUAAAACCAGCCCUGACACCAUCAAAGACCCAGACAGUGGGUGUGAUGGCUUACAGAGCAUACAAAGGAGUCCAGAGGAGAUCUCCCCAGACCACAGCACAGACGACGAUGACACCAUGAUGUGUGCCAACAAGAAGUGCAAGCGGACAGAGACCCUGUUCAAUGCCUGUCUUUACUUCAAAUCCUGUCAUAGUUGCUACACCUUCUACUGCUCCCGGAACUGCCGUCGGGACGACUGGGACAGCCAUAAAGAGAACUGUCUAUAUGGGCGUAUCAGUAGUGUGUGCAGGCACAUGCUGAAGUACUGCAGAGAGAACUCUGAGAUCCAUAAAGCCUUCUCUCGCAUUGCCAAAGCUGGCUACCUUUCCAGAGGGAGAGGCAUUCUUUUCCUGGGCUUUGCUAACCCAGGGACUGCUGACAACUUCCUGAAGGUUGGGCUUGAGAGCCUUGUCAUGUCCCCCACAUAUCUGUCUCUAAGAGAGCUGGACAGCUUCAAAGACAACCUGGGGGAUUACUGUAAGGACCUGCAGCAGGCUGGCAAUGAGUAUGACCCCAAUGAAUGUUUUCUCUUGAAUGUAUCCAUAGCUGUUGGUGAACUAGUGCCUAACAGACCCUCACCAAGAGUCCAAACACCAACAGUCCGAAAAUAUGCAAAGAUUUCGUUGGCCUCCUCCAGCCCAGAUAAAAAGGUCUUCAAGAAGGAAAGUGACAUGGAGACACUCAUUCUCACCCCGCCACCAGGCACACCUGAUAUUGACAAAGAGGGAAAGGAGGGUAUGAAAGCCAGAGAGAUCUGCUUUAUCAAUAUCCAACGUGAGCUCAGGACCAGGGGAGUCUUCCUGCGUCAUGAGUAUCCCAAAAUAUACCGUCAACUCUGUGAAUUUGUGGAGAGCAACAAGAGAUUCACGCCCACUACAAUUUACCCCAUAGAUAAGAGAACAGGGAAGCAGUUCAUGUGUAUGAUCAUGGCUGCUUCUGAGCCCAGAACGCUAGACUGGGUGGGCACCCCCCAUCUCCUGGAUGAUAUUAUAUAGUACUGACCUGUGCACCUCUGAUGUCACCUAUAUGUACAUGUAUAUACAUGUGAUUUAACAGAUAUUUAUGAUGGAUGUUUGUAGAUACACAUGUAUUUUACAUCAGAAAGGAAGAUUGUUAAAGGGAUACUUCAGGAUUUUGGCAGUGAAGCUCUUUAUCUAUUUCCCCAUUAUCACAUGAAAUCGUGGAUACUAUUUUAUGUCUCUAACUAGCACAAUUACUAACUAGCGUUAGCGCAAUGACUGGAUGUCUAUGGUAACUGCCAGCAUGCUAGUAGAUACCAUAGACUUCCACUCAUCGUGCUAAUGCUAGUUAGCAUUAUCUCGCGAAACUACCUCUAACUUCCUUCAAACUGGAUGCAGAGACAUAGAAACGGUAUCCAUGAGUUCAUCUGACUCUGGGGAAGUAGAUAAAGGGCUUAAUUGCCAAAAUCCUGAAGUAUCCCUACUACCAGAAGUAAUGUUUGCAUAUUAAUCACUAAGAAUUAGAUAUUAUUUAGAAGUGAUUCAUACAAACAAUGUGCAGGAAAGGUUGACUGACGUGCCACACACAAACAAACUAUAAUGUAACACUUUAUCAUUGUAGUUUUUGGUUGAAGUAGCGUUGUUUUGAUCCUGUUACACUGAAAUAGUUUGAUCUGCAUGUAAAAUGGUCAUGCUGUAUUUCCAAGUCGUUAUUUAACUGAAUAUAACUGAAUAUAACUGAGGGAGACACUACUAUUAAGAGCAUUUCUAAAGUAAACUAGAUUAAAGCUUCAAAGCAUAAUCUCCACUAGUGUUCUACUUGUUGAAGCUUUUCUCAGCAGCUGGAAUAUAUAAAAAAAUACUGACUGUUGUAUUUCUGCAGAUGCUUCAUUAUAUCCAGAAAAUUAUUCUAAUUUGAAUAUCAAGAAACUCUUGAAAUUGCUGUGUUGUGCCAGGGUCUGGGUAGAAAUCUUAGUUAAUACUAUUAAUAUCACUACUGAUAAUAAUACUUUCAUUAUGCCUACGUAUGGAUAAAAAAAAUCAGGUGUCUACAUCUACGCUCUGAAUCCCCUCACCCCUUGAGUUUCCCAGUUGUUGAUUUUGUUUUAGGCAUUUGAAUUGCACCCUCUUUCAUCACUUUGUUUAGAUUUGUACUAAUUCUACACUGCUAAAUUCAUUGUAACACGCUUGAUAACUUGUUUGAUAGUGGCCUUCAGUAGAAAAUGCAUUUGACAGAAAGCAAUGUGUGGAUUUGUUUUGUAAGGCUUGACUCUUGACUGUAAAUUAAUGUGGUGCAUUUGCUUGACAUUGCAAAUGAACAUUUAUUUUGCUUAAAGCACGUUAUUUAUAUUCAGGUAUUUUAAUAUUGAUUAUGCUCAUCAUAAGACUGACAAUGGUUAUAAUAAACUGACAUUCAAUGCUUGUAAAUUGAAUAUUAUUUUCGAAGGUAUAUGAAAUAUUAGUACUACUAUUUUUGGUUGAGGAUAAAAUGUUUUAACUAACACAUUUGUUGAAGAAUAUCUAUUAAUAUCCUAUUCCGCCCAAUGUAUUUCAUACCUGUAAAUGAACACACAAAUGCAAUAAAAAGAAAAAAAGAAAAUAACAACUUAACAUUUAAACAGGACAUAUUGGUAAUGCUAAGUUGGAGCUUUGAGCUGCUAUGAGCUUCUUUUGCACUUGAACAUAAAUUAUACAGAAUGUCUCCUAAUGCAUCUACACAGCACUGAAACAAGCAUGUUAUGUUUCCAUUGAUAGAGCCUGAUAUAUCUAAAGUUGCUAUUUUUUCCUCCUGCAAGAUGUCACCCAAUUUUCUAUUUUGUGAUGUUUAUAACCCAUGUAUAAUAAAUUGAAAAUAAAGGCUGACCUUUCUCUUUGCA